AUGCGACCGUGUCUACCGGACCCGGUGGUGGCCCGGCUGAAGGUAGGCAUCACGGCGCAGCGAUUCGGCGACUGGUGCGAGUCAUUCCGCUACAUUCCGGCGGUGCAAGAGCGCAUUCGGCAGAUCGACAGCGGAGCAACCGUGGAGCUUUUGACUUACAACCACGAAUUUCUCCGCUUCUUCAUGGCACCGAGUGCAACACGCGAAGCACUGAAGACGUGCAGGCCUGUCAUCGCACUGGAUGGGACUUUCCUGAUCCGUGCUCAGAAGGCUACUCUGCUGUACGCCAACGCGAUGGACGGCAAUCAGCAGAUCAUCCCCAUCGCGUGGGCGCUCGUAGAGAGCGAAACCAAGGACACAUGGACUUGGUUUUGCCGGCUCUUUGAUAAGCACUGCUCCGACUGGAAGGGACGGGACGACGCGGCCAUCAUCAGCGACCGGGACAAAGGUCUCAUCCCGGCGGUGAAGGAAGUGUUCCCUGAGAAGGUGGCGCACUACUUCUGUGGGUGGCACAUGCAGCAGAACGUGAAGCGGUUCGGCAAGACUUCCGCAUACAUGAUAUGGCGGCUGUUGACAGCCCGGUCUUUGGACAAGUACAACGAGCUCAAGGUCGGUGCACGUGAAUCCCAUCCCCUGCUCACGACUUACCUCUACGGUACGGCGCCUGUGCCCGACGCGCCUGGGCCAAACCCCACUCCACCAGCUGGCCUUCGUAUUCGCCGACGCAACGUUCAGCAAACACGCCGGACGCGUGCGACCGCCAACAACAUUGCGGCCGAAGCGGCUGAAGCACGGCGCCGUGCUCGCCAAGCACAGUCGCAGCGACGCGGCCGCCGACAGAGACAGAGCGGCGCAGGACGCCCACCUCCGAAUGCCGCGGCGGCGGGGCAUUCAGCAGCGCCCCGCCACUCCGCGGCACCGGCACCCGCUGCUGCUGCCCGCCCGUCCGCGGCACCUGCAUCAUCCGCAGCGCCCGUCCCAUCUACAGCGCCAGGGCCGUCCGCAGCGCCCCGCCCGUCCUCAGCACCGUCGCCGGCUUCUGGGAACCGCCUAGCCGCAGCCCAUGCAUCGUCCGCAGCGCCGAGCCCAUCUGCAGCGCCAGGGCCGUCCGCAUCGCCCCGCCCGUUCACAGCACCGUCGCCCGUUGCUGCGAACCGCCCAGCCGCAGCACAUGCAUCGUCCGCAGCGCCGAGCCCAUCUGCAGCGCCAGGGCCGUCCGCAGCGCCCCGCCCGUCCACAGCACCGACACCCAAUUCAGCUCCACACACAUCCGGGGCUCCUGCAUCAUCCGGGCCGGCAUGCCCAUCGGCAGCGCCAGGGCCGUCCGCAGCGCCAGCCUCUUCCGCAGCGCCAAGCCCACCCGCAGUGCGGAGGCCCUCUGCAACCCCUGGCCCGGUGGCUACUGAAGGACCAUCCGGAACGCCGUCACCAUCCACUCAGUACGACCCAUCCGCUGCAACAGCCACCCGUGACCCUCCUCCUCCCACCGUGGACCCGGGAACGGCGCUUGGGAACACCAACGAGGAGAGGCCUAGCGUUGUAGAAGACGAGGCGACCGUCGUGGAAGAGGACUCCCUGGAGGACGGUGAGGAUGGUGUGCGCGUCCGAUCAGGCCUUCGCGGUGAUUACACAGCACGCAGGAACAGAAUCUGGGUGUACGAGAAGCAGUGGGCUCGAUGUGCGGCACCAACGAGAAGAUUCGGCAUCUACACGAGCAACAUGGCGGAGUCGACCAACGGGGCCGUAAAAUCCAUCCGGCGCCUGCCACCCGCGUAUCUGUUAGCAUCAAUGUGGGACUACAACGUCAAGAAGUUUCAUGAGCGGCGUGAGGAGGCUAGAGCCCGGAAUGACUACUUUACGGAGUGGGGGAGAAAACGGUAUGAGGAGAAGUGCGAGCGGGGAAAGAACUACGAGGUGAAAAUCUCCAACAUCGAGUUCUUCGCGGAGGUGAUAAACAACGGCAACGUGACAGACCCAACCCCACGCAGCUACAACGUCGACCUACGUGGCGAUGGUAGCUGGAGUGUGUGA